ACGCGCAUUUCAUAGUCACUGAAUUGGGGUACGACGACCAAAGGAUUUCGGUCAUACCGAAUUCCGAGGAGAAGUAUAUUUCAGUCACGAAAUACGUAACCAAUUACUUUUCCAUACGGUUCGUCGACACCUUCCGGUUCAUGGCCUCCUCCCUGUCCACCUUGGCCGGUAACCUAAUGACGCCUGAUUUCGUUAAAUUUCGGGAAACGGCCAAGGUGUUCCGCCUGGAAGACAUGUCGUUGGUGACGCGUAAGGGCGUAUACCCCUACGAGUACACUGAUAGUUGGAUUAAAUUGGACGAAACGGAACUACCGCCUCAUGACGCUUUCUAUAGUCAGUUAAGUGAGUCGAAUAUCGAUGAUGAUGACUAUAGACAUGCCACGGAGGUGUGGAACCGUUUCGGCUGCUCAACCCUCGGUGAGUACAGCGACCUAUACCUUAAGAUCGACGUGUUGUUGUUCGGUGAUGUGUUUGAGAACUUCCGCGACAUCUGUAUUUCAACAUACAAUUUGGACCCGGCGCACUAUUACACCGCGCCUGGUUUUAGCUUCGAUUGUAUGUUGAAAUACACCAGGAUGAAGCUGGAGCUCUUGAACGACUACGACAUGCUACUGAUGGUGGAACAGGGCAUUCGUGGUGGGUUAGUGCAGGCUGUCAAGCACUAUGCAAAGGCCAACAAUCCUAAGACACCCGAUUACGAUCCGUCAAAACCAGACUCAUGGAUCGUGUAUCAAGACUGCAAUAACCUUUACGGGUGGGCUAUGAGUCAGCCCAUACCGUACGGUGGCUUCCGGUGGUAUAAAGGAGCAGACUUUCUGGCUGACCUCCAAUCGUUGUCGGACACUGGUAAUACAGGGCGUAUAUAUGAAGUGGAUGUUUCGUAUCCACAAAAGCUGCAUGACGAGUACAACGAUUUGCCGUUCUUGCCUGGCAAUGAUGUACCACCGGGUUCCAAAGAGACCAAACUCAUGGCCACUUUGAAACCCAAACAACGGUACGUCGUACACUAUGUCAACUUAAAACAGGCAAUCGCACACGGACUGCAAGUCGAUAAAGUAUGUGUAAUUAAUCUAUAAACUAUAAGCGAUGAUACUAAUAUAAAUAUUUGUACUGCAGGUGCACCGCGUUUUAGAGUUUCAACAAAGUGCUUGGUUGAAACC